AUGACUCAUACGACUUACUAUGGUGAUAAGUUUCCAAAGGGGGCCCACGUCAUUCUAUUUGAAUCUGAAGAGUUUCCCACCACAGUCGGGAACCUAACUUGGAGCCUCAAAGCAGCAUGGCAUGAUCUGGACUUUCCGUCUCGGCAGAGCCAAUCACCCAAGUUCUGCCAUGUGGAUCCAUCAACAGGUGUUUUCACUCAGAUGACGUCCUAUAAUGUUACUUUUCCUAAUACUGACGGAACUAUCACCAAGCGACCUCCCGGAGGGUUCCAAUAUGACCCCCGAUCAAACAAAUGGUCAGAGUUUGCAGUCUCUUCCGAUUAUCGAUGGUCGGAUUAUUCACCUACUUUUACAUUAUUCUCCUGGCCUGGAACAUCCACAUUAUUCCAAGCGAACAUCGGAGAGAAUAACACAGUGAAUUUGGGCAAAUUGACCAUUAAUGAUCAGGGCCAAAAUCAAUUCAUGAAUGUGAUGUCUUGGGAAUUGGAUCCUACUGUGUAUGGCCUUCCCACUCGUCUUGUUUAUGGCAACAAUACCUUAUAUCAGUUUGGAACGCAGGUAGUCAAUAGCAAAACAGGAGAGCUCAAAAACCUAAUGACAAAGAUACCAAUCUCAGGCGACUCUGCAAAGUUCACGCUCCCUGCUAACCUUACUGUAUAUCAUGCUCAAGCUCUGGACCGUUGCGGCCCAUUCAAAGCCGGUAUCUACUACAGAUACGUUGUCUAUGUCUUCUGUCAGGCUCCUGAAGGACAUGGGUUGAUCUGGAUGUAUGACGCGCGCCCAAAUGCAAUCAAUGAUCUGAAUGCUGCCUAUCCCUCAGACGGCCCACGUUUUGCUGGCGCGAUGAUCCAUCCUUUUGGAGGCUUUGAUGAAGACGGUGUUGGUAGAAAUGCACUCCUGACGGGGAUUUGGUGGGACGGAGAUCCAACCGUGGAGAUCUCGCUUGAUCCAGCUUAUAUAGGACAUAUGGACUCGGUCCCAUGGCAUAUCAACAUUACAGAGCCAUAUGGUAUGCCAUUCGACUCAAUGCCACAAAAUGAAACUGAUAGUAGCAACAAUAGCGACAGUGAUAGUGACGGUGGUACCAAUACUGGAGCCAUCAUCGGGGGGUCUAUUGUAGGCGCAUUACUGAUUCUAGUCUUCUUGAUCUUCCGUCGACGCUGGCCACAUUUGCGCAAACGGUUGAGGAGCAAGAUUGCCAAGUCAAUGUCUGCUGAGAGCAAGAACAGUGAUACUGACAAGAGUAAGGGACAUGGCGUUGCUGGUAUUACUGUUGAGACGGACAAGAUUGAGGCAUCUUCCAUCCAAAGCUAUGACCUGGAUGGCAGAGACAAGAUUCCGGUCGAAGAAGAGGAUUUAGGACAAUAUCGGAGUCAAGAUGCGAGUCGUAAUAUGACUAGGUCUCUUUCCUGAAACGGCUCUUUGCCUGGUAACGGGGUCGAAUAAUUGAUGCAUGCCCCGAUCGUGGUUACUGACUCAAGAUUUGAUUUGAU